UAUAGUAUCUUUUGUGAAUUUUAUAUCAAAGUACUAAAUACAAUUUUUGUUUAAGGUGAAGGUGAUGGCAAUGGAGUGGAGACCUAGAACAAAAAAAACACCUGGAAAAUACCAUAAGAUAAUGCUGGAAGAAGAGCCUCCUAAAUUUUUAAUGAAACCAUUGGAUGGUUAUGAUGAUAUAAUAGAGAAAGCCAAAGAAAUGUUUUGGAAAGAUGACAAAAGAAAUGAAGCUCAGUACACACUGUGCAAUGCGGAUGGAUCAAGAUGGCCCAAAUCAGAUUUUGAGAAGGAGUAUUUCUCAUUAAAUGAAAUUCCAGAUAUAUGGAAGAAAACAUUAUAUGUUGGUCGUAGAGAUUUAGAUGAUGUGAUAUGUGUUGGACAGCUUUCUUUGGCAUCUAAAAGUGAAAACUUAACACAAACAAAAUCCAUGUUAAUGGAGAAUGCAGCAAUGGAUAAUCCAAUUUUGCAGGAAACCUCAGGCCAUUUGAAGAAAAGUUCCACCAGUUGUAAGAGAAAACCAACAAUGGACAACUUACAAGCACAACUUUCAGGAAGCUUUUCCUUUGAGCUGAUGGUGUCAUCUAGUAAAAAACAUUGUUCACUGGCAAUUGCUGAAAAUAUGGAAGAUGGUUCAUUAAAGUCUGAUGUUCAAACACCUCCUCAUUAUGCAAUUCCUCCAGUGCACAUGCCACGAGUUCCAUAUGUUGAUGAUGGACAAAUCAAAUUCAAUCCUGAUUUGGCUGUGGGGUCAGGGUCGUUUGGAACGGUGUACUUUGGUUCAUAUCAGGGAACACCAGCAGCAGUAAAGAAGAUUCCUGUUGAUGACAGUAAUGACUUUUUGCAUGAGAUCCUUGUUUGUUUAAGACUUUCUCAUCCAAAUAUUGUUAGAUUCUUGUCUGCUACCAAAAAAGAUCAGUAUAUACUCAUAGCAAAUGAGUAUGUCCAUGGAGCAAGUUUACACGUUGUACUUCACAGUGCAGACAGUCCAGUGAAGUUAGAAGCAGAAGAAAAAAAUUACGUUGCACUUGAUGUGGCAAUGGCUGUGGAAUACAUCCAUUCCAAGAAUGUAAUACACCAGGACCUGAAGCCUGCAAACAUCCUGAUUGAAGGCAGCAGCAAAAAGGCCUAUCUUACCGACUGGGGUUUAACCAAUGUUCGCGACUCAGUUUCGCUAAGGCAGGGGAGCAAAAUAUCUGGCCUUUUAAGUGGACCUCUUGGUGAAUUCUGA